AAUGUGUUACAAAGAAAACUAUGAUGGCUACACAUUCCCUGAUGCAAGAGUUGGAGAGACUGUAGAUUCAGAAGAUUUAUGUGAUAAAAAUACAGUGCAUUAUCUCCUUCCUCGCGCUACACGAACUUGUGAUGGCGAUGGAUUUAGUGCAGCCAAAUGGAACACUCCCGUAAUGGCGGACUGCGAAAAUGAUGUUACAACAGAACAACAGUUAGAACGUCUAAAUAUGAUAAAUAUCACCAUAGAUAAUGUUGAAGACGUAAGCAACAGUGUACAAGAGAUUACAAGUAAUACUGAAGAAAUUACUGUGGAAGCUUUAGAAUAUACUGCUGAUAUAUUGACCGAUAUUCUCCAAACAAAUUCAAAUUCUUCUGAG